AUGUCUUUACAACGCACACCACCGAAUGUGUUUUCAUCGGACGGUGAUAUUCCUGCAUCGGUAAAGAAGAUUAGCGGCGAAAGUUUUAUAACUACCCGUAAACGUAAACAAAUGGAAAACGAUAAAAAUGAUACAAAUAUGAUUAAAUUUGAAGAAAAAUUUGAUAAUCAAAUGCAAAUAUGGAAUAAAACCAUUAGCGAUUGCAUCGCAAAUAGCAUUGCCACCGCGGUAAAUACAGCCCUAAAGGGCGAGCUAUCGAAGAUUACCUCUGCGUUAUCAGAACUUAAUGAUAAUGUAUUGAAACUUAACAUGGAUACUAUCAACCUUAAUAAAUCAUUGCACGAAGUUAACACCCGACUGUGCGAAAUUGAGAAAUCACUUAGCUUCUCAAAUGAACGACAGGACUUAUUUGACAGUCGACUGAAAACUGUUGAACAGAAUAUAUCACAAUAUAACGGCUCUAAAACUCAAAUACAACUACUUGAGAACAAAAUACAUACCAUGGAGCAGCAAGCAAGACAGUGCAAUGUCGAAAUAGCUAAUAUCCCCACAGGAGGUGAGAAUCUAAUCAGCAUAAUGUGUGUUUGGGCAUCUAUUAGCAUUUCUUAUAAGAAUGUUAUAGUAAAGUUCCAAACACACUGUAAUUGCCCUGCGUGCUACAAAAGGGUUGAAUUCAACAUCAUUGUCCGUACCUGGCCAGCCUGCCACCAUUUACGUUAA